CGUUGUUGGGCGGUUUUCGGUGGAGCGGGCCGGUGCUGAGGGAAGGAGCCAAGAUGGUUCUGGAGAGCACCAUGGUGUGCGUGGAUAACAGCGAGUACAUGCGGAACGGGGACUUCCUGCCCACGCGGCUGCAGGCGCAGCAGGACGCCGUCAACAUCGUGUGCCACUCCAAAACACGCAGCAACCCCGAGAACAACGUGGGGCUCAUCACCCUCGCCAAUAACUGCGAGGUGCUGACCACGCUGACGCCGGACACCGGGCGCAUCCUGUCCAAGCUGCACUCGGUGCAGCCCAAGGGAAAAAUCACCUUCGGCACCGGGAUCCGCGUGGCACACCUGGCGCUGAAGCACCGGCAGGGCAAGAACCACAAGAUGAGAAUCAUCGCCUUCGUGGGCAGCCCCGUCCUCGACAGCGACAAGGACCUGGUGAAGUUGGCCAAGCGCCUGAAGAAGGAGAAGGUCAACGUGGACAUCAUCAACUUUGGGGAGGAGGAAGCCAACACGGAGAAGCUGACGGCGUUCAUCACGGCUCUCAACGGCAAGGACGGCAGCGGCUCCCACCUGGUGACGGUGCCGCCGGGGCCCAGCCUGGCCGACGCCCUCAUCAGCUCCCCGGUGCUGGCCGGCGAGGGCGGCGCCGUGCUCGGCCUCGGAGCCUCCGACUUCGAGUUCGGCGUCGAUCCCAGCGCCGAUCCCGAGCUCGCGCUGGCGCUCCGGGUGUCCAUGGAGGAGCAGCGGCAGCGGCAGGAGGAGGAGGCGCGCAGGGCGGCCGCGGCCUCGGCGGCAGAGGCCGGGAUCGGAGCCACCGGAGGGGACGAGUCGGACGAGGCUCUGCUCAAGAUGACCAUGGGGCCGCCGGAGUUUGGCCGCGCGGGGCUGCCGGACCUGAGCUCCAUGAGCGAGGAGGAGCAGAUCGCCUACGCCAUGCAGAUGUCCCUGCAGGGCGCCGAGUUUGCCCAGGCUGAGGCGGCCGAGGUGGACAGCGGAGCCGCCAUGGACACGUCCGAGCCCGCCAAGGAGGAGGACGACUACGACGUGAUGCAGGACCCGGAAUUCCUGCAGAGCGUCCUGGAAAACCUUCCCGGCGUGGAUCCCAACAACGAGGCCAUCCGCAACGCCAUGGGAUCCCUGGCUUCCCAGGCCGCCCGGGAAAACCGGGAAAGCAACCGGGAAAACCGGGAAAACCGGAAGGAGGAGGAGAAGAAAUGAAUCCCAAAAAUUCCCGGGG